CAGCAAGGAGCCCGCUGAUGGCUACGUCACUUCCGGUCAAAGUAGUUUUAUAAUAGUUGUGGAAAGUGUUUUGUAACUGAAGUGUUUUAUAUUCGGUUUGUUUCUUACAGAUUCUCCACUGAGGGUUUGAUUGGACUGCAGUAAAACGCGAACGGGAUGUCUGCGGUACCGAAAGUGAGUCUGUCCGGAGGUCUGGAGAUCUGCAGGGUGCUGAACGGGAUGUGGCAGGUAUCCGGGGCUCACGGAGCGGUGGACAGAACCAGAGCAGUCGAGGCCAUGCAGGAAUACAUAGACGCUGGUCUGACCUCGUUCGACAUGGCCGACAUUUACGGACCUGCAGAGGAAAUAUUCGGACAGUUCAACAGCAAGCUGAAAUCCUCUGGAGAUGCCGUUCCUUCUCUGCAGGGUCUGACCAAAUAUGUGCCGAGACCAGGACCGAUGGAGCGCAGAGUGGUGGAGAAAGCGUUGCAGCGCUCCAUGAGCAGGAUGCAGGUCGACACGCUGGACUGUGUUCAGUUCCACUGGUGGGAUUAUAAAGACAAGAGGUACCUGGAGGCGCUGGGACAUUUAUCGGACCUGCAGCAGGAAGGAGUCAUACGUGAACUGGCCCUCACUAACUUUGACACUCAGAGACUGGAGGAGAUCACCAACAAAGGAAUCCGCAUCUCCAGCAACCAGGUCCAGUACUCUCUGAUCGACCAGCGUCCUGCAGCCAGGAUGCAGCAGUUCUGUCUGGACAACGACAUCAAACUGCUGACCUACGGCACGCUGGCCGGUGGUUUCCUCUCUGAGCGUUAUCUGGGGAAGGCGGAGCCGACCUCCAGGGAGGAGAUCAACACGGCGUCCCUCUCCAAGUACAAGAACGUGAUCGACGCUUGGGGCGGCUGGACUCUCUUCCAGGACCUCCUCGUCGCCUUGGAGACCAUCGCCAGGAGACACGGCUGCUCGGUGGCCAGCGUGGCGACGCGUUACGUGCUCGACCGCCCCGCGGUAGGCGGAGUCAUCGUGGGCUGUCGGCUCGGCGUGGCCGGGGCGGGGCAACACAUCAGCGACAGCCUGAGGAGCUGCAGCCACGGCCUGGAGCUGACGGAGGAGGACCUCAACGCCAUCGAGGCGGUGACACGACGCUCCAGGAACCUGAUGGAGCUGAUCGGGGACUGUGGGGACGAGUACCGGAGCUGAGGGAGCGACUGAGUGGAUGUGACAGGAGGGGGAAUAAAACACACACAGCUCCACAGCUCAGACACACAAUACACACACAGACACCUCCACGGCUCAGACACACACACACACACACACACACACACACACACACACACACACACACACACACACACACACACACACACACACACACACACACACACAGCUCAGACACAGAAGGUCCAGCUGACGUCUGUCUUAUAAUUUAAUGUUAAAGUUGAAUCAGUCGACAUAAGAUAAAAAUAAUCUAUCCAAAGCUGCAGAUUAAAGGUUUGUCCGUUAGUUUUGUUGUUAAUAAAGAAGCUUUUCUUUUUCUUUCUCCCGUCACUCGUUUGGUGUCUGGUCGUGUAGAAUCCCUCCUGUAAGGAGAAGAGCACUUUAUUAGGACAAAUGUUCAUUUAGACUUUUGUUAUGAUUCAGAUGAACUGAUCCUUUAACCCCAUAGCACCACACGGUCUACCGUACACUGAUACUCAUUUGUGUGUGAGAAACGUGCCGUGAGGUGGAGUGGAAGGAAGUAGAGAACCCUGUAGACGACAAGAAAGAGGCACAAUACAGACACACAAACACACACUGAGCUCUCUGUUGGAUAAAACACAUUUUUACAGUAUAAGGGUCAGUCUAUGUCUGAGGGACUUCUGAAGUCCAUGGAAUAUGUCUGCAUACAUUUUUAUUAAAAGUAACAAAUAAAUAUUUUUAUGUUCAUUAUGAUCAUGUCUUUACAAAUUCCAUCAUUAUUUAUUAUGGAAACAUCCAUCCAUCCAUCCAUCCAUCCAUCCAUUCUCUAUACUCCGCUUUAUCCUCACUAGGGUCAUGGGGGGUGCUGGAGCCUAUUAUGGAAACAAUCACUUAUUAAUAAAAAAAUGACUGGAUAUCACUAAAAUAUCAACUAAAUAACGUCUGAAUUUAACACCAACCACCUUCUAAUGAGCUAAACUAUAAUAAAAUGAGCUGAUUCACAAAUA